CGGAGUCGCACAUCGGAAUAAACCAUACCGAAUCGACGUCUUCGUAGGUGCGCGAGGAUCGUUUUUUCAAAAAUUAAACUGAACAACAUAAUUUCACACCUUCAAUUUAUAAUUGUUUAACGUGCGGUGAAGGGAAACUCCGUAUCUCCAGUAAUUAUUAAUAUAAAAGAACCCGCGAAUGUGGAUUUACCAAAAUUCAAAGAUAUAAAGUAUGAGAAAUCGUGUGUUUUUCACCUCACUAAUUCGAUUCAAUAAAUUCAAGAUCGUCGAUCUUACAUACACGCGAUGAUGAACCCUGCCGAAUUUUCAACAACAAUGCGAAUGAACUGGAAAUUUGAAAUGAAGAGAUAAUCAAACUUCGUCAACCGCGGUCGUGUUUUGCAAAAUACUCUGCAGGAAUUACGUUACAACACAACGAGGGCCGGUGUAGCGAGUUAAGAGCAUCCAACGAUGGAGGUGAUUUCAACGCGCCGAUACGAAGCACGCCCAGCUGCAAUGCCAACCCUGAAUCCGGGGUCUUUGGUCGAUCUUGAGAACUCGAUUGCAACCGUGAAGGAAGAGGAAUGGGAGACGAGAAAAAAGAAGGAAAUUACUACCACCCGUCAAAUCGAAACUCGUGUAAAACGGCAAGUAGUUUUAGAAGACGGAGAAGUUGUCGUGGAUUCCGGACCCGUUGUCACGACGAAUACCACGGAGGACGUCGAACAACAGGAGCACACGACGCACGAGCGCAAGACGGCCGGCGAUGAGCCGAAGGAAAUAGAAUGGUCGGAAGAUCGGGACAAGGAUAGUAUCCUGCAGAAGGAAUUGAACGAAACGAUAGUGAAGAGUCGAGAGGAAAUCGAAGAACGAUUAGAGACGGAAGACCGACAGCAGCUCGGCGACAUUUCCGACGAGGUUUACCUGCAAGCUGUGCAAAACAAUCGUGGAGACUUGAGAGUUGCCUUGGCCGAAUCGUCGAAGCAAAUUGUACCUGCAACUGGUCCACGAGUGGUCCAGCACACCACCAGAAGCAACAAGGUAACGGAUACAGAAAACAAACUACAGAAGAGUCAAAUUCAAGCCGAUGGUCGGAUAGUCACCGAAACAAAACGAACCGUAAAACACGAGGAGGUCAACGACGACGAGGUACCCGAUGACGGUACAAGGAAUUUUGACGACAGUGAACAAGAGGUGAGAAAGGAGGGAUCGCACAGGUUUUUAAAACAAAAGGACGAAGAACUCGUCGACUACGUAUCGGGUGGCGAAAGAGUUGCUCGAGAGAUGCGAUACGUCUCUGAAAAUACUGAGGGUGAACGGACCGGAGAUUGGCCACCGGUUCCCACAACAAUGCGGACAACGCGGCUCCACAAACACACCGGCCUCUCUGAAAACUUACCAACAAACCGAAAAGAUGCGUUGACUAAAAAGCCACUGGAUUUGGAGGAGGAGGAUGAAGCGAGGAAAGUGGAGACUUCCAAGUGGCUGGAGAGUCAUUUUGGAAGUGAAUCCCGGUCUUCUCACGGCUCUCUGGACUCGGAGGAUCCUCCGGUCCAAUCUGGAACGAAUACCAGCUUUAUCAAUGUUACAAUGAAAUCUCUACCGAUGUCCCCGUCAAAGGAUCGGGAUAACACGUGGGAUAGGAAGCACCUGCAUACUUCAUAUUCUAGUCACCAACAGGCUCCUAAGAGAAACGACCGACGUGAUUCCGGUGCUUCUGCUGGAUUUUAUCACGGUAUCAGCGAGUGGUCUGAACGAUAUCAAAAUCACAAUAUAACAGAGAAAUUAAAUUCACAACCGACAAACGGACCCCCGAUUCCUUAUCCGGAAAUCAGAAAAAAUGACGGAUAUCAAGAAACUGGGAGAAAUCAAGUGGACUGGACUUAUUCGAAUAAUUAUAGCUCUUCUCGCCAACAGCGUCAGGACACGAGGAGCAAAAUCGAGUUGCAGGAUACAAUCGAUGCCCCAUCACCUCCCUUGCGCCGAAGAGCCAGAGAACAACUUUUAGCUAAACAAGAAGAUAAAAGUCAUGCCAUAGCGCGAGUGGCAAGUCCCGUGAAUGUCGUACAACGAACAUGGGAGAGCCGCAGCCGUGCCAUACAAAAAGAUAAGGAAACUGUGAACCACGGUGACAGACUUCCGAAAUUGAAGAACUCAACCAGGUCUCGGUCAACUUCACCAGUCGCCGUGUCACCAACGAAUCAAACUAAGAAAUCACUUGCUCUUUCGGCUAAUGGUCGGACUCCGAAAGAUACUUCAAUUGUAGCUACGAGUCAGUCCAAGUACAAGAUUGGCGAGUCUUUUCGAAAGCUGGUCGGAAAACUGCGGUCUGCAAGUUCUGAAAGAAAAAAUAAACGAAACAACACAGCAUCUUCCGUGACUCAGACAGACGAGUCGUCUACCUAUCUUCAGUACAAUGUGAUCGAUAAAAAUAUACCACUGGUCACCGAUGGUGAUUUAGAAAAUAAACCACCAGAACGACCACCACGAUCUCCAAAACUAGCAAAUAAAGCUAGUUGGCAACAAUCGAUCGAAGCAGGUCCACCUGUACAGAGAUAUUAUUUGGGUGAAGAUCCUUUCGGUGGUAGCAUUUAUGGACGUGAAAAGGGAUACAGCGGCUCAAAGCCAGCAAGCAGACAUCAUCAAACUGGUCGACCGGAAGUUGAUUCAAGAGUUGAGUCUAAUUCUAUAGGCCGAUUUAGCAAGUCGACAAGUCGUUUGGCUAAUGAGUACGACAAGAACGAACAAUUCCGAAGCACCCAGACAUUGCCACGGAAGCUUCACACGCAGCCCAGGCAAAUUCACGUGUCAUCUUCAACAUUGUCGAGAACUCGUCCGAAUCAAAGACAGCAAAAGCCACAUUCUCCACAAUCUAUGACACACUCGAUAAACAAUCGUCAGUACGGUAGCAUGAUAAAUAUUUCGAUAAAAAACACGGUCACUUCUUCAAAAUUAGCUGCAAACAAUGCUGGACCAGUACCAAUCAAACCAGAGAGAACUUACAAAUCAUCGCUAUCGAGAAGUAAGAGUUUUAACGUCGAAGCAAACCGUGAUAAUGGUAAUCUUGCUAUUCCAUACAAAUCAAACUUGCAACUGAAUCGUUUAGAUGAGACACCGCCUCUCAAGAGUCCUGGUAUUUUGGCCAGCAUUAGUCGUAGCAAUCGAGAUGUUUUUAAGGCAGCAAAACACGAAUAUUAGCAUUAGUAGUUGCAGAGAUCAAGACUUUGAUGUUGGUGUUCAUACUCGAAAAAUUGAUCACUUGUAUUGCAUACACACAUGUAUGUAUGUGAGGAGGUGAUUGUAAUAUAAUUGUUAGUGCCAAUGUGACGGAAGAGUUUGUACUCUUUUGGGACUAUAUGUAUGAAAGUAGACUAAUAUUUUUGCUACGCAAUUGAGAUAUUUUAAAUGCUCAGCAUUCAAAAUCGAAAUAAAGUAAUUAGCAAAUAACGCGAUAAUCAUUAAUAAUUAGCUUUUUUUUAUUCUGCAUUGGAGUCUAUCCAAUAAACGAAUAAUCUGACAACGUGUAUGAUUGUAAUUUGUGGUCUUUAACUUUAGUAGGUUACAUUUGAGUUAAUUAUUCUUGCUGUUGGACAUUGAAGAUAUUUAUUAUAUCGAGAUAGCUGAGAAUUUUGUGACAACGUAGCAAUAUCUAAAAUAGCAGAAUUGUAACAAUCGUUAUUACACAUACAUAUGUAUUAUGCAUAUAAAUUCAGUUAAUUUCAGUACCUACUCAAUUGUAAGUAUGACUAGAUAUAUUGUAUACUAACCAAAUUAUUAAAUUAUUCAUGUAAUAUUAUAUGCAUAGAAACAAA